AUGGCAGCAAGUUUUUACAAAACACUGAUAUUAGAACUGGUAGCAAUACUGUUGGUUGCCCGUUUGAUGGUUGUCGCACAACAGUACUAUGGAGCAAAUCAGUAUUAUCAACCGCAAAAUCAAAUGCAAUCUCAGCAGCAAGUAUUUCAUCCAAUGUAUCAGUCUGGUCAACGGACAAAUCAGGUGAAUAACGGAAAUCAGUUUUAUCAACCACAGCUUAAUCGGCAGCAACCCUUUGGUGCUGCAAAUGGCCAGCAACGAAAUUUGGCUUAUGCUCCUCGGGCUGCCGGAUUUAUCAGCGUUCCAUCUCAAUCUGGAAAUUCAACUAGUGGAGCUUCAGUGACUGUUCAAAUCACUGACUAUCAAAGUAAAGAAUUUAGAGUGUCGCCAAAUGCCACCUGCAUUUGCCCGACUGGAAAAACGUGUGCGUACAUCAAAAGCGGUGAACCAUCUUGUUGGUUCUCCUUUACGGUUAUACUAUCAGCUAAAGGGCAGUCUGCACAAUAUAUAAGUACCGAAUUUCUUCCGAUUAGAGAAGGGGUGAUAGAUGAUACACGUUGGAAACAAACACACACCGUGGAAAUGACAACAGCACCGAUAUCUGUGGACGUAGUUAUUCAGCACUAUGGUCUUGUUAUCGACCUAUCAGGAGCUUUACUUAAUUACAAUGCAUUUGGUGUAGUGGAAAAUUUUGGUUUCACACCUAGCGCUAAUACUUCUGUAUAUAGACGGGAUAAUCAAGCAUUGGGAACCUCCUGUGUUAUUCGUAACCAAGAUACAACUGCUGAUGACAAUGCAACGGCUCCACGACAAUACCUUUCCAAUGGAUACAAUGCGGGAUUAGGUUCAAGACCAUUGUUGCAAAAAGAAAAUCUCUGGGAUCAUGAACCGGUUCGCGCAGCAGCAGCAAUGAAUCCAGCUACUCGGCUACCAGUUAACGAGAAUGACAUUACGCAGCAAAGCGAGGUUAGAUCUGCCGCUAAAACAUAG